AUGCCUUUUCGAUCUUUGAAUGUGGAGUCCAAUGUUGUGUUAUCUGAUUUUCCUGAGCUUCACAAAUUAAUGUUAUCUAGAGGGUGGAUUCAUACUAUCUCUAAUAUGCUCAUGCCGUCUCAGAAAUUAGUUAGGGAAGUGUACUCUAACAUUGAUAAACAUUUACUAGAGUCUAGUCAUCCAAAUAAAUUCAAAGUUUAUUGUCGGGGUAAGUGGUUUUGUUGCUCCCCAUCUGCUAUUGCCAAAGCCUUGAAAAUUCUUGUGGUUCAAAAUCCUGUGUUUGGUCCUGACUUUUCCCCUAACUUAAAUAUUGUUGCUGCUGAGCUUGCUGGUUGUCCUGAUUUUAAGUGGCCUGAAGCUAAGGGGGUUCUUCCUACCACAACAUUGUCCAAGUUAUAUAAGGUCAUCCACAAGGUAACUAUAUCAAAUUGGCUGCCAAAUUCUCACAAGUCCACACUUGGGUCGUAUAUGGCUAAGUUUAUGUUUGCUGUUGGAACUGGAGUUUCUAUUGAUCUGUCUACCUUGAUUUUUGAACGAAUAUAUAAUGAUGCUUUGGUUAGUGGUACUCGCCAGUUUUUGCCAUUUCCUUGUCUACUUCAUCAGUUGGCAAUAUCCACUUCACCACAAUUCACUGCUCAAAAGGUUCCCUACAUCUGGUUGGUGGUUCUUGUUAUUGGACUACUUGCAUCAGUUUCGGUCAGACUUUAAUUCCUUUGUGGCUACAUACAAAAAGGACAAGCAAUGGUCUUUGCAAUUUGAACGCCAUGUUUUAGCUCAGUUGGCCUAGCUUCGUGCCUCUAUGGAUUCUGAUGAUCAAUCUCAUUCUUCCCGUCCCUCCUCUUCUACAGCUUCUCUUCCUGCUCCAACCAACCCACUGGCAUCAUCUCAGGGGGAGCUUCCUAGCAGUGUCGCUCUUGCUCAGGGGGAGCUUCGUGUCUCUGAUCCUUCUCCAUCAACUCAGAAGGAGUUGCCUACUGAUCCAUCUGUUUCUCUUUCUGCACAGUAACUGAAGCUACAAUUAUGAUCACUAAGGGGGAUAUUUAGUCUAGGUUUCUGGUUGUUCUGGUUGUUUGUUGGUUCUCUUUUGUGACUAUUUAUGGAUGAAUAUGUGCGACUCUUCUGUAGUCUUUUCUAUUUAUGUGUUUUUUCUUUUCUUAUCUUUUGUAUGAACUCUUUCUCUGGGUUUACAUGGUUGGUUGUGUUUACUGACUCUAUUUUUUGGUUUACAUGCCAAUCUUGUUAUUUGAUUCAAUGAUCAUAAUUUUCCAAAGGGGGAGAUUGUUAAUGCCUAUUUUGGACUCUGACGUGUUUGAUAUAAUUAUGAUGUUGUUUUGUCU